UAUGAGCCGUCCGAUACGAUAUUAUACCAAAAUUCUAUCACACAUUUGGCGGAUAGAUAGGAUUAUUCUCACUCCUCUUUUGUGCAGCUACUGUUAUACAGUUACGCACAGGACUGUGUGUAUUCAUUUGUUGAUAUAAUCAGGUGAUGACGACGAUGAUGAUACAGCAGCGAAUCGGAGUAUUUUCUUCUACCACAAAAUCGGUUUCAUCUUCGUAUUGUUGUUAUUGUUAUGUAAAUUAUCCCAAAAAAGUGUCCACACAUCAAUCGCAAACACUUGAAUCCCCUAAUUUUAAACCGCUUACUUCUCGCAUUGUUAGACUCACUCGCAAACGACAACUCAAUCAGAUUUUUGAGGAAGUUGAGGCUGCAAAAACACGACAUGGAGAGCUCAACACGAUUGUGAUGAACGCAGUGAUGCAGGCUUGUGUUCAUUGUGGAGACAUCGAUUCAGCUCUUAGAGUCUUUGCAGAGAUGUGCAAGUUCGGUAGUUGUGGUGUUGAUAAUGUAACUUAUGGGACGCUGCUCAAGGGUUUGGGCGAUGCUCGAAGGAUUGACGAAUCAUUUCAAGUACUUGAAUCGGUGGAACAAGGUACAGCUGUGGGCAGUCCAACUUUGUCAGCCCCACUUAUAUAUGGGUUACUGAAUGCUCUUGUUGAAGCAGGGGAUCUGCGUCGAGCGAAUGGACUUCUUGCUCGUUAUGGAUUUGUAUUUAAUGAAGGAGGCAACUACUCAAUCUCGGUUUACAAUAUGUUGAUGAAGGGAUACAUCAGCACGGGGUCUCCUCAAUCAGCACUACGUGUUUUCAAUGAUAUACGACUACAAGGGUUGAACCCUGACAAGCUCACAUAUAAUACUAUAAUCUUUGCAUGCGUAAGGAUGAAUGAUCUAGAAUCUGCAGUGCAAUUUUUCCAGGAAAUGAAGGACAGGUCACAGAAAGACGGCCAUGAGGACCUGGCACCUAAUAUUAUUACAUAUACAACAUUACUUAAGGGUUUUGGACAGAUGAAGGAUCUUGGUUCCAUUGAGAAAAUUGUUAUAGAAAUGAAGUUACGUCAUAACCUGUUGAUUGAUCGAGUUGCAUACACUUCAAUUAUCGAUGUGCUGCUAACUUGUGGUUCGAUUAAAGGUGCUCUCUGUGUAUUUGGGGAAAUGCUGAAGCAGGUUUCUAAAGAUAGCAGUCUUCGCCCAAAACCUCAUCUUUACCUCUCCUUGAUGCGUGCUUUAGCUGUUAAAGGCGAGUAUGAUUUGGUGAAAAAUCUGCACAGACGCAUGUGGCCAGACACAUCUGGAACUAUCUCAUCAGAUGCUCAUGUUGAAGCUGAUCAUCUUCUUAUGGAAGCGGCUCUAAAUGAUAAUCAGUUUGAUGUGGCUGUUCACUGUUUGUCAAAUAUCAUCAAAGAUUGGAAUGGCAUUUCCUGGACUAGUCGAGGAGGAAUGGUUGCUGCACGCAUAGAAGCAUUAUUGGGUUUCACUGCUUCCAUGUUUGAUCCUUACUUACUUCCCCAGCUAUCAGUCACUGAUUCCAUUGAGGGCAUAAUGAUGCCAUUGCAAGAAGCUCGUCCACUGCAAGCCACCUUGAGGUUGAAUCAAGUUGUGAUGCGUUUCUACAGAGAUUCAAGUGUUCCUAUUAUAGACGACUGGGGUAGCUGUGUUGGCAUAGUUCAUGCUGAAGACUGCAAAGAGUUAAAUGCCCCACUGUCUACCAUGAUGAAAAGCCCAGCUCCAUGCGUUAUAACCACGACAUCUGUUGGCCGAGUUAUUAAUUUGAUGCUAGAAAAGCGUUACAAGAUGGUGAUCAUUGUAAAAUGUGGGGACACAUUUGGUAAAUACAACUCAACAUCAAGAGCAGUUGGCGUUUUUACAGCUGACCAACUAUAUAAACUUACUGUACCUGCAUCAAAGCUGUCAAAUCAACAAUAUCCUCGUAGUAUAACAUCAAAUUAAUUGUACAUGGAGAGCUUUAAUUUUUGCAUCCCUGCAUAGUUAAAAAACUUCAGUAGCUGCAGUAGAAAUUCUUCUACAUCCAACUAAGCUGCUCUAUGGGACAUUGAAUGUGGAUGAGAUUUAGAAUCAGAUUCAGUAUCCAUCUUGAGGUAGACGACAGGUGUUGCACCGAUUUGCUGGAUUAGAGACCAGAGAUCGUCAAGUAUGGUAAUAAAAUGGUAUUUAUGCAACACCAAUUGUGAAGCAAAGCCGUUGGAUGACAUUUGAUUUUUCUAGGUGGAGAACUCCCAUGUUCAUGGACAAUGCUUAUUAGUGAGCAUCAUAAAUGGUCCACUAUUUUUUGUUGAAGAUUUGAUGGAGAAUUUAUUGUUUUUUGUACAUGGACAAUGCUUAUUACCGGACCAUAAUGGCGCAUUAAGUUCCGUAAGAGAUGCUUGAUUUGGGAAAUGAUGAUAUGGAUCCUGGUCGAGUUGAUUUCAACUGCAGGCAUGUUCUGUAUCGACAUUAUGGUAGCAUGUCUAACUAGAACUUAGUUGCACCAGAGUAUGGAUUUUACUCCAAGACCUUAAUGGAGGCGCAAGUGAUUAAAGGCAAUGUUUGGCUAUCUUUUUUGUCUGUAAUGUUUCUGGAAGGAGUUGUUGGUCGCUUUCUGUAAGUAGUAGUGGUGGUGGAUAUGUAUGGGACAACACUCUGCUCUACCAAGGUUUGUGACAACUUAAGAGUUGAGAUGUGAUAGCAUUAUUGUCAUUAGAAUAGAUUUAUGUUGUGAUGCUGUCUUAAUAGCUAACACAAGAAACGUUGUGUAGCUUGCUUAAUAAUUAAUAUGAAAAUAUAUUACUUGA